AUGGAGCCUUCCACGUCAUCUAUCAGCGGCCUCGCAGGGGAUGCUUCCUCGUCGAGGGGGGCCGACCGCGGCGGACGCAGCACGUUUCGCGGUGGUCGCGGCAGCAGUGACCGCCGCGGUCGGGGUCACGUAUUUUCUCAUGGCAGUAACGACGCCUUCCGAGGGCGCGGCAGAUGUCGUGGCAGUGCUUGCUGGCGAAGCCGCGGUGACGGGCAGCGUGAAGGACGCGGGUUUGUAUCGAGAAACUUCAGGCGCCACCGCUCUCUCUCAGGGAAGCGCGGCUCCUACAAGCCGUGUGAGGGGGAAGCGGUGGUGAAGCGCGAGAAGAAGGAUCAAAAGCCCAACUCCAACUUUGCCCUUCUGUAUUCCAUGCUGGGUGACGCGGCCACAAUCGCGGAGUACAUUCGCGAUUACCACUCCAGCGAAAAGUUCCGAGACGCCAAGUCUGUCAACACAUUCUUGCAGGCUGUGAGCCAGCGACCCAAAGUAGUCUACGAGGAGCUCAUGUCGCACUACAAGGAUGAGGUUUUUACGGCACUCGAGCGCCUCUUUGCCUUGUAUGCCCUUGGCAAAACCCCAAUAACCCCGCCGGCGCAUGAGUUUUUAAUCCGCUGCGAACAAGAGGGUGUGCGCAAGUCGGGGUGGAGUGAGGGUGUUCGCACACUGCCCGCAAAUACAGCGGAGGCAGGGACCACCGUCUCAGCAGAGGGCGAUGCUGAGGCUGUGGCACCGCCACCGCCGCCUCCUGCACCGGUGGCGCUUCCGAUGGACACGGAGGCAGCAUCGCUUCUCUCACCUCGCGAAAUUCUAAGUAAGCUAGCUUCCCUUGACGCGGUUGGUCGCCUGCAGCGACUGAUUGAGAUGGCAAGAACUGUCGAUGACAUUCAGGUGUGCGCCAAGAAGCUGACGAACGUGCUCACCGACGCACAGAACGACGUUCAGAAUGGCAAUCAGCUCUCCAGGACUUCCGCAGAAAGGUUUGACUAUGCAGCCAAGUGCCAGCUGAUCAGCAAGCUGCUGUCAAAGGCGCGGCGAGUCGUAGAGCCGGCGUUUGCACUGCCGCCAAAGGCUACAACGAAAGGCACCUCGGUCGAUCAUGUGGACGAACUAGCCGGGGAGGCGACGGUGAGGCAGGAGCAGCAGGUGCCUGGUGGGGACGGCGAUGCGGUGCUGUCACAGACAACAACCGAAACCACAUCAUCUGCCGCCUCUGGUACUGGAGUGACGACUGCGACGCCCGUCGUCGCUCAACGUCGCGAUCCUCUCACGAAGAGCGAGAUCGCGGGCUUUCAGGUUGCCAUCUCUGUGGCUUUCCAUGCGUUGGAGACGGUGCUGGCGCAACGCUUACCGUCUGUCACGCAGCAGCCCCUUUCCAAGUUCGCCAAGAUGUUGGAGUGGUGCAAAGAGAAAAGCCUGUUGGCCGCUGAGGAUGAGCGAUUUGCAACGCUGCUCGAGCAACAGGCGGAGAAGGGCAUUGCGGAGCAGGCGAACCAGAUCGAAACUGUCAUCAACAUCAAGUCGCUGGCAGCCGGUGAUACCGACGCACUGCGCGAGGUAGUGAAUCAGCUGUGGGAGGCGGGGGGCACGAAGUGCUUGUCACCAUCAAGCCAGGAUGUACUCUCGGCCAUUGCUGUGGCCGCGUCUGUUGAGGGUAUCGCUGCUGAUGUGAAGCGGAUGGUAGCGGACCGUCUUCUGCAGACGCAGUGUCACCUCGCCGAUGGUAUAGUCCUACCGCGUCGGGCACUGCGCUUCGUGAAUGGCGAACGCAACAAGAUGAAGCAGGCCGCUAUCGCAAAGCAGCUGCUGGAAGAGGCAAGCAAGGACGAGACAGAGCAUGACGCGUGA